AUGGACGAUACUCGCAGGCCCAGCAGCUCAAUACUGGGCGGGGUCGCCAGGCGCACUCUUGGGAUUUGUCUGCUUCUGAUCGUGGUCGUCCUGUGGACUGCGUCGAACUUUCUGGCCAGCACAAUCUUCGCGGACGAUACAUAUUCCAAGCCGUUCUUCGUGACCUACAUCAACACCUCGCUGUUCAUCCUCCCGCUCUUCACGAUCGUUCUAGGCCGUGUCUGGCGGCUUUGGCGCACGAACAAGCUCUCCCACAUCCGCAGCUUUGGGGACCUCCUACAACACCUUGACGCCGAUAGCUCGCAGGCAGAGAUUCAGAGCAUCUUGCACCAUGGCGCGGAAGGCCGGGAUAGCGAUGAUGGACCCGUGGACCCUGAAUCCUGGAACGCUGCCCGGGUGACUGCGGCGCUGGAUGACAAGACCCAACCGUCCAAGCUGGGCUUGAAAGCCACCGCGAGACUGAGCUUCGAGUUCUGUCUGUUAUGGGUGAUCCGCCAACCCGGAAGCACGCCCCAAGCUAAUCUCCGUAUCCAGGCGAACUACUUCGCCAUGGCGUGCUUGCAGUAUACCACCGUGGGGAGCACCACCAUCCUCACCUCGACCAGCGGAGUCUGGACCCUCAUCUUCGGUGCCGCCAUCGGUGUCGAGAAAUUCACCAUCCGCAAGCUAGCCGGCGUCAUCGCCUCCCUAACAGGGAUGAUCCUCAUCUCGCGCGUCGACCUCUCAGGCCCCGACCCAAGCGACACAGGCAGCACGUUUCCGUCCAAAACAGCCGGCGAGAUCGCGCUCGGCGACGCAAUGGCCGGCUUCAGCGCGGUCCUGUACGGCGUGUACACGAUCGUGCUGAAAAAACAGGUCGGCGACGAAUCCCGCGUCAACAUGCAGCUGUUCUUCGGGCUGGUCGGGCUUUUCAACGUGUUCUUGCUCUGGCCCGGUUUUAUUAUCCUGCAUUGGACGGGUAUCGAGCCGUUCGCGCUGCCGGAUACCGCGAGGGUUUGGACGAUUAUUUGGGUCAACUCUUUCUCAUCGUUCUUUUCGGACAUCUGCUGGGCCUAUGCCAUGCUCCUUACUACGCCUCUGGUUGUCACUGUCGGUCUCAGCUUGACUAUUCCGCUUUCUCUCGUUGGACAGAUCGUCCUGCAGGGACAGUAUGCGAGUGCCUUGUACUGGGUCGGCGCUACUAUCGUGUUCCUGUCCUUCUUGGUUGUGAACCACGAGAGCCAGCAGACGGAGGUAGAAGAACCCCCUGCGGGGAGGUAUGGUUCUGUGCCGUGGGAGGACACGGAGCGAUAG